ACACGUUUUGUUUUUUUGCGCGGAAUUUUGAAUACAAUUAAUAUUAAAUAAUUAAUUAAUACUCAAAAUGAGUGCGAUAUCGAAAUAAACUGAAGAAAAAAACGAUAGGCAACAGUGGAAAAAAAUACGAAGCAAAUAGCAGUGUUUGUGUACUGUGCUGAUAGUGUGUGUGUGCGUUUGUUUGUGUGUGUCGAGUGAGUGCGUUAUAAAUAAAACGCCAAGAAGCUGCGUGCAAAAAGUAGACGCCAAGAAAAAUAAAGAAUGUGCCCAAACACCAGUGCAAGAAAAGAAACUGUUUUUAUGUUGAUUUUCGUUGUGUUUUUAAUACAUUUCUAAUUAUAUUUUAAUAAAGUAACGAAAGGCGAAAGUGCAUUUUUACAUGUAACGCUACUAAAGCUAAAUUUACAAAUAAACGUUUUUGUAACUUCGACCUGUAAACUUUAUUUGGAUUUAAGCAGAGGACACGUUCAACUUGCAACCCGCUGUGUAAUGGAUGCAACAUCAAUAAUAACACAAGUUUCCCGCGAUGAUGAACAAUUGAAUGUCUAUCCGAGCGACAAAGGAGAAGAUGUGGAUCGUUUAAAGCCACAAAAACGGGGAAUUCUACAAUCGUUACUUUGCUGCUGGCGUCGAAAUCGAACGAAAACAAAUCAGAAUGGCACACAGAUCGAUGGUUCAACAACACCGCCACCCUUACCGGACCAACAAAGGUACCUACUACCUCAGGUUAGGCACUCCGAUAUGCAUAGAAAGUGCAUGGUCAUCGAUUUGGACGAAACUCUAGUGCACAGUAGUUUUAAGCCUAUACCUAAUGCCGAUUUCAUAGUGCCUGUAGAAAUCGAUGGCACCAUUCAUCAGGUUUAUGUACUAAAGCGACCGCAUGUCGACGAGUUUCUACAAAAGAUGGGUGAACUUUACGAGUGCGUUCUGUUUACAGCAUCACUAGCCAAAUACGCAGAUCCCGUUGCGGAUCUGCUAGACAAAUGGAAUGUGUUUCGUGCAAGACUCUUUAGGGAAUCGUGCGUUUAUUACAGGGGUAAUUACAUAAAGGAUCUAAAUCGUUUGGGAAGGGAUUUACAAAAGAUUGUCAUUGUUGAUAAUUCACCGGCCAGUUAUAUAUUUCAUCCCGAUAAUGCAGUUCCUGUCAAGUCCUGGUUCGACGAUGUCACCGACUGUGAACUGCGCGAGCUGAUACCGCUCUUUGAGAAGCUAAGCAAAGUUGAUUCCGUCUAUUCGGUGCUCUGCAAUUCGAACCAGCCGCUGAACAAUCAAACGCACGAGCUGCAGCAGUCGCCGCAGCAGCACCAGCAACAGCAGCAACAGCAACAGACCAUCUCUGCCACAACAGUUAUUACACAGGCGAGCACGCUGUCUGCACCGACCAUGCUGAAUGCUGCACAACAGCAGCCGCAGCAGCAGCAGCAACAACUGCAGCUGUCCAGUCCGCCCAGCCCACAGAGCGAGCUGCUGCAGAAGACGUAACAUCAGUGGGAAUUAAUGUUUAUAAAUAUAUGAUAAAAUUUAUACAUAUUAUGAGACCAAGCAAAAGCAAACAAGCAAAGCCUGCAAAACAAUACAUAACCAUGCGCCGACACACACACACACACACACAUACACGCCAACUACAAUAACAAUAAAAACAUUGCUACACUUAUAUAAGAAAUGCAAACAAUCCUCUUUAUGGCAUUGCUAUGUAACCCUUCCUAGUAUAAGCUCAAGUUUUUAUUUUUUAAUACUAUUUACAAACCACAUUUGUUAUUUAUUUUAUUUUAUUUUUUUGGCUCUUUGCUUUGUUAUUUGUUUUUUACAUAUGUGCGUGCGUGUGUAAUUUUUAUAAACGAAAGCAAAGAUACGCCACGCUUACCCAUUGUACUGGGUAUUGUGCCCACUUCUAAUAUUUAAAAACAAAAAAGCAAACAUACAUAAAUACCUAUGUAUAACUAAUAAUCAUUGAACUUUUAUAUACACCAUAUAUAUAUAUACAUAUUUUAAGUGCGUAUAUUUAACAACAAAUAAGAGCAAGGAAAAAACUAAGCAAGCUAAAAGAUAUAAAACAGCUAACAAAAAGAAAAACAAAAACAAACAAAAAAAAAAAAUGAGAAAAUAAAAAGAAUAACUAUACAUAUGGGCAGAGAGAUAAAAUCAAAUUCAAAAUAGCAUAUAUUUAUAUAUAUUUUUUAUUAAAGC